AACCUUCUCUUUUUUCACUCACUUUUCUUGUCUUUGCCUUUUACGCCCUUUCCUCUCUCUCUCUCUCCUCUCUCUGUUUCUCUCUGCUCCGGCAAAACCCUAAAGUGCCGGUUACACUCACCCGAUUCUAAUGGACGGCGAUGCGUUGAACAUGCGUAAUUGGGGUUACUAUGAACCGUCUGGGAAAGCACAGCUUCGCCUGCAGCUCAUGUCUACAAUUUUUGAGCAAGAUAUGAAGCAUUUUCUGCCUGGACGCAACCCUUCUGCUAUGAUUAACAUGAAUGGUGUGUUUCAUUCACGGGGGUCUGGUGUUUCUGAACCAUCAGUACCAACAAACUGGGUCAGGGAUGGAUGGAUAAAUCACAAUAGAGACAAGCUUCUCAACAUGUUACCUCCCAAUCCAAGUUAUUCCACUCAUGCAGAAACUUCGGCUGCGCAACCUGUGCAAAUGUUGCAAGCACAUGACACAUCGAUAGAUGAAAUGGUUGGUAGGAUUGAUGAACCAUCUGAGAAGGAAUCUAAACAACUGAAGAAACGACAGAAUGGAGGUGCUCCAAAAGUUCCAAAACCAAAGAAGCCUCGUAAGGCAAAAAAUAAUGAUCCUUCAGUUCAGCAAGUGAAGGCACCGAAAAAGAAGAUGGAUCUUGUUAUAAACGGGCUGGAUAUGGACAUUUCUGGUAUCCCAAUUCCUAUAUGCUCUUGCACUGGAACUCCUCAUCAGUGUUAUAGAUGGGGCUAUGGUGGCUGGCAAUCAGCUUGUUGUACCACAACUUUGUCUGUACAUCCUUUGCCGAUGAGUGAGAAGCGGCGAGGUGCAAGAAUUGCUGGGCGAAAAAUGAGUCUAGGUGCUUUUAAGAAGGUUUUGGAGAAACUAGCAGGUCAAGGUUAUAACUUCUCUAACCCAAUUGAUUUAAGAAGCCAUUGGGCAAGGCAUGGGACCAAUAAGUUCGUCACUAUCAAGUAGACUAGCAGGGUAUGAUGCUAGAGGGCUGAGUUUGUUUUAGAUGUAUAUAUCUGUGACUGACCUUUUGCAACAAUCUCGGGGUAGCUAUAGCUGGUAACUUUUGUUCUUUAUAGUUCAUGGGUUUAUGAAAUUUCGAAAUCUGCAUCUUCUUCAAUCCUGAUUCCUUUUGUAAUAGUUCGUGAUUUAUUGGAUUGUUUCUUAAUGCCAUUUUCUUUCCAUGUUUGUCUUGGAUCA